AACGGAAUCGCCCUCUCAGUGACGACAUUGAACGCCUCGUCAGAACCAACCCAGAAGUCUUGAAAGAGAAGAAAGAUGGCGCAGCAGUUCGUGAAGGCUCAGAUUAAAGGGGACAAAGUGGUGGUCUUCCUGAAGCCGUCGUGUCCCUACUGCGUCAUGGCUCAGGAGGUGUUCUCCAAGUACCAGUUCAAGCCCGGCCAUUUGGAGUGCGUUAACAUCAGCGGACGCAGCGACAUGGACAGCCUCCAGGACUACUUCCUGGAAACCACCGGGGCCCGAUCGGUCCCCCGAGUGUUUAUUGGUGAGAAGUGUGUGGGAGGAGGAAGUGACGUGCAAGAGCUGGACAAGAACGGCGAGCUGAAGGAAAUGCUGGAGUCUAUCGGGGCCCUUCAGUGAUCUGCUUCCAGGGCGGGGGCCUCCAGGUGCGGUCACAUGACCAAGCAGCGGGACUUGCGAAGUUUGCGCCGCCGCUGCUGAUACUCGCUGAGCUCCUGCAGGUAUCCUCUGGACGGCCAGCGGAGCCUCUCCACCUGCUCACGCUCCUCCUCUGGAAAUAAAAAAAAUACAAAAAAAAAAAAAAAAGACGACACGAAGAGCAUGAAUCGGUUACGGCUGCAAGAACAAAUAUGUGACUGCAGGCCCAUCAGGAACUGUUUACAUUGCUCCUACACACAUUAGGAGCAAUGUUCGAAGCCAAAGAGCAUGAAAUAUCUAAAAGUUUGUCCCCAGCCAGUUUGUGCCCUUAAGUAUCCGUCCAGUAGCAUAUUGAGUCCUGUGCGAUUGAUGAACACAAUAAAACAGUUUCUGCUUUGCUGGAUUUA